AUGAAUGCGAAAGACUGGCUGCAACGAUAUUCGACGUUCACGUCGAUGGUUGUUCCAGGAUCAACACAACUAAUUACUGAAGAAGGCGAACAUGCUCUUUAUUCUGUAACUCUUUUCAAAAAAGUCAUUGAUGAGUUCAAGAAUAUCGCUAGAGAGAACAAAUUUGUCGUGCGUGACUUUGUGUACGACGAGGAAUCGUUGAAAGCAGGAAAGAGUGAACGUGACAAGUUGGUGGCCGAGAAACAGAGACAAUGGCUGAAAAUCAACUUUGGUGAGAUCUUCGCCGCAUACAUCCACGUCAAUGCCUUACGCAAGGAUUUGUGGAAUCCGUAUGGCUUGCCUGUGGAUUUUCCAACCGCCCUCCUUGAGCCAUCUAAAGGAUCCCAAGAACGCGCCGUGCAAGCCUCUCACAAAUUGUACAUUCAUCUGGAUGGAUCGGCUGCCGGACCAAUUGAUACGUUGGAGGAUUCACCAGCGUUGAUGUCGCUAGGAGUGAACGAGUACUAUCCAUACGUAUUCUUCAAGCUGAAUCUAGAUUUCAUAGACAAGAAAUAG